UUUGACGUUUGUUGAUUAGUGUUGGUGUUUCUUCGUCGGCUGAAUAUUACACAUUGUGAUUCAUAGUUUAUUAGUAUAAAUAAAGCCGUGUAAAGUAUUAAGUACGUCAUUAUGGGUUUAACAAUAUCGAGUGUUUUUACGAGGCUCUUCGGCAAAAAGCAAAUGCGGAUUCUAAUGGUCGGGCUUGAUGCCGCUGGUAAAACUACCAUUCUGUAUAAAUUAAAGCUGGGAGAGAUUGUGACAACAAUACCGACAAUCGGCUUUAAUGUUGAGACCGUCGAAUACAAGAACAUUAGUUUCACGGUUUGGGAUGUUGGUGGCCAAGACAAGAUCCGUCCUUUAUGGCGUCAUUAUUACCAAAAUACCCAAGGACUUAUAUUCGUUGUUGACUCAAGUGACACAAAACGGAUACAAGAGGCUGAGAAUGAACUAGCUAACAUGUUAAAAGAAGAUGAGCUGAGAGAUGCUGUUAUAUUGGUGUUUGCUAAUAAGCAAGAUAUGCCAAAUGCGAUGACAGCAGCAGAACUUACAAAUGCUUUAAAUCUUAAUAAUUUAAGGAACCGUCGUUGGUAUAUCCAAGCAACAUGUGCAACCCAAGGGCAAGGUCUCUAUGAAGGUCUAGAUUGGCUCUCCAAUGAACUGGCAAAGAAGUGAGGCCAAGUUAAAGUGGGAGGGGAAAACCUUACAUUCCCACAAGGCUGGACAUUUUUCAUAUUGUGAAUGUUGUCAAAUUCAUGAUACAAUAAAAGGUAUGCCAUAAUUAGAAAAUACUA